CCUAGUUAAGCCCAAUGACAAUUCCCCAUGCGUUAGAGUAACAAGUAGGGCUUUGUUCGUCAUAGCAGGAGAUUUAGAUAUCUCUUGAAUGGAGUUAACCAGCGCCUCAAGCCCGGCAUCGUCGACAUCCGGUUCCUUUCCCCUGAUACAAACAAUGUUCCUCACAAAACUCCCACUGGAAAUCCGAAGCCUCAUCUACAGCCAGUAUCUCUUUGCCAAUCAGGAGGACUGCUGGGUAUUCCGGCCGUCCUGGGCAGAUACGGCCGAUGAAACGACCUCACCGUCGAUACAGCCAUCGUGCUCAGCGCGAUACCCCCUCAGGGCCAACAUUACAGCCCUACCCCUGAUUCUCACCUGUCGCCAGAUUUACGCCGAAGCCGUCCCCCUCCUCUACUCCCAGGCGAGAUUCUACUUCAACGACCUCGUCGUCCUCAACCUCUUCCUGCAGCGGGUUCCCGGCUCGCACACGGACCUGAUCCGCACGAUACACCUCGACUGGGCCAGCCAGGUCUGGUUCCACUUUGGCGGCUCCGUCGUCAGGGCCGCCUACCUCCGCGAGUACUGGCAGCCCGUCUGCAGGGCGCUGGGCGACAUGCCGAGCCUCAGGAACUUGCGGAUAUGCGUCAACCCGUCCAAGGCGCAUGCGAGGGGCCGGCAGGCGUGCGAUAUGGCUUACUUGGAGCCGCUGAGGACUAUCAAGGUUCAGAAUUUUGUGCUGGAGAUAUAGAAGAUGGACCUUGGCGGGAUUGGGGAAGGGUGGGUGUGGAGCUUUCUGAUAUGCUGUUUCUGGACGAAGUAGAUCAUUGAAGUCUUGAUCUUGUCUUUGAGACUCGCCAUUGUCAUGAGUAGGCCAGAGAGGUAUCGUAGUCUUGUUGACCGAAUUAGACUUGCCGCGAGCAAAGAAUGAAAUUGAAGUAAGUGAGAGGAUUUGUCCCAGUGGAG